GUAUAUAUACGUAUGUUAUCUUUUUUGUAGCUGAUGAAGAAAUGUGAUAUUGUAGAAUAACUUUAUGGAAUUUUUUAAAAACUGUAAAAGUAAAAGCAGUUUUUGGAAGAUUAGACUGAACAUAAUCAGAGAAAUGAAACAAUGUAAUUUCAAUGUAAUACUUUUGACAUCAAUGAGCAGUUUAUUUAUAUAACCAAGGAUUAUACAAGCCAUCGAAUAGCAUGCGGAAAACAGGGUAUGAUAUUUCCCAAGGAAUUCAGAAAAUGCCUUACAAUGAGCGAAGAAUGUCCAAAUUGUGGACAACUUACAAACGCGUCUUUCUCAAGACUCGUCAAGGAUAGCUGCGGCCACACUAAAUGUCGAAUGUGCUUGUUAUAUGAGGAGCAUGGUUGCAAAAUUUGUCAAGCCAAACAUCAUGCUCAAGGUAUUCAAGAUUAUUUAGAAAAACUAUGUUCCACAAAUGGAGACUCAAAUGAUACACACAAAUCGUCCAGUGAGGAGAUUGUAUUGCCAUUAGAGCUAGUCAUCAACAAGGAUUCCAAGUCUAAAGAGAGUCAUCUUGACCCCACUUCCACCGAGCGCAGAUCGUCGGAUCUUCAUUAUGAAAAUGUCACUUUUGAUAAAGAUGGAGCCUACAAGUUUGCUACAAAUGAUACAAUUACCAAUAAUGAUUCCAACACGUUAUACAUUCCCAAGAUAGAAACUCGUGACAUAGUAUUGGACAUUCAUUCCCAUUUAAAAAAUGGAGAUGAUCACAAUUCUGCGGGUUUGCAAAAUCCUUGUUGUAAUCAGGCAGAAGAAAAGCUUGAAGAAACCCUGGAGAAGAGUAAGAACAUCAAGUGCCGUGAUCGCAGUCAUAUAACAAUAAUACCGGGCGUCCCAGAAAAAUAUAAGUGUAAUGUAUGCAGUAAGAUUUUUCGUAACAAGAAAGGCAAGUGCUAUCAUGACGCCUGUGUAACAGGCGUUAAGCCGUAUCAAUGUACCUUCUGUGACAAGAGCUUUGUCAAACGCUCUCACUUCGAGUAUCAUGAAAGGGUUCAUAAAGGACAUAGACCAUACAAGUGCAACCUCUGCGAAAAAGCUUUCCCCCAGCAAAACAAACUCAACAGGCACAUGUUUUCCCACAGCAAGGAGAAACAGUUUGUAUGUCCUGAAUGCAACAAACGAUAUAGCAAACGAGAUGAUUUGAAGAAUCAUCUAAAUGUGCACAACACGACGGCAACGUAUAAAUGCAAGUCCUGUGACAAAUCUUUCCGCAUAUUAACUAAUCUGAAACGUCACAUGCGAACGCAUACAAGCGAACGACCGCAUAUGUGCGACGAGUGCAACAAGAGUUUCAAGGAUCGAUCCUGNNNNCUGCUGAAACGACACAAACGGACUCACGAGAGAGAGAGGCCGUUCUCUUGCGCUCAUUGCAACAAAGUUUUUUUGUCCAAGAGCGAAUUGAGACGACACUUAACUGUACAUUCAGACGAGAAGCCGUUCUCCUGUGAGUACUGCCAGACGCCAUUCAGACGCAAGGACAACCUGAACCGGCACAUCAGGCACCAUCAUACCGAGGAUUUUGGCUGCGAGACACGCGAAACGCCGGUCGUCGAAGCGGACUCGCGAAGCUGCUCGACGAAGAACAAUCAGCAACGACCGAGACAGAAACAGCCGAGGAGAACGCAACCGAAAAGUCCCGGCAAGGUCACCGCGACGUUUCCGUGUUCCCACGUUGAUCAGAUCAACUCCCGGCUGGAUUCCAUGGGCAAUAUCACGCCUAUAAUAAAGACCACUAGUGAGGUGAGCAACGCGGUGCCGGUGAUCAACGGACCUAUCAACAUUAGGCGACUCGAGGACAGGACCGACAAGAAGACGUUCACGUAUACGGUACCAAUCCCAAUCGCCGAGGCUGUAGUGAUUAACUGUCGAAUCGAGGAGAAGUUGUACCCGCAGAGCGCCAGCAGCCACAAUUAUUUUGUGCGCAGUUGCCUCAAGGAUAGGAAUUCCAGAGUGAACUCUUAUCCCAACAAUAAACUCACGCCGCAAGAGAACCACGAUUCCAACACGGCCACAUCUUCGCGAAACGAUCUCGCUAACGUCUACGAGGAGAAGAUUGCGAGAUAUGACGAUGAGGAGAAAGGCAAUCUGGAGGAGGACGAAACGGUGAGAAGAGACGAGAAGGCUCGCGAAGGAGGAGAAAAUUGUAAUACCUGUAGGGAGAAUGACGCAGUUUGUCUUCGAGAAUCUAAUUGCGUCUCCACGAUCAAGAAGCACACUACGCAGCAGGUGGCGGAGAUAUAUUUGAACGAGAAAUCCACGGCAAACGACGAGGAUUCGGAGGCAAUGAUAUCGCCGAAGGAUUCUCAGGAUAACUGCAAGAGGAAACAAAACAACAUGCAUUGGAGACGCAGAAUUGCGGAAACGCUGAAGCCGUGUUGAUCAGCGCUUUGAGCGCGGAAGUCAAAACUGGAGCAAAAUUGGCGACAGAUAUGUGAAACGUUUGUCACAAUAGCAACAAGACGCUUGUACUUCAUAGCAAGGUUGGUUUUAUCAAAAUUAUGAGUGAAAAAGUAACGCUCAAGUUCUAAUAUAUACAUGUUAAAUUAAUUUA